GCUAAUGCAAGCUAGCUGGCCGCACAGUCAUAUAUACGUGGUUCUUGUUUUCUGGUUGCCUCUGGUUGAGCUCGCUAAUUAAUUUCAGUAGGCACAGCUUCACCACCACCAGCAGCAGCCCUCGUCUGGACUGCACAAAUUAGCUGUCAGUGUGUCUGCUGAUGCUCGGCCUUUCAUGUUGGCUGGCAGUGAGGCACCGACCGCAAGCCGCAAGCUAACCGUGAUGGCACCUUUUGGCAGGAAAAACUGUAUUUUGUAACCGCGUCUGUGCUUCUCUUCAGGGACCAUACAAACGUUUUAGCCUUUUCUACAGGAUGUCAGUACUCCAGACCACAUUUCUAAGCGUGCUGCAGUGUUUAGGCCACUGGCUGCGACUUCCUUUGAUUUGUUCCUGAGGUAAAGAACUCAAGCUGGCUGAAAUGGAUGAACAAAGUGUUGAGAGCAUCGCCGAGGUGUUUCGCUGCUUCAUCUGCAUGGAAAAACUGAGGGAUGCUCGUCUCUGCCCACACUGCUCCAAACUCUGCUGCUUUAGCUGCAUACGACGGUGGCUGACAGAGCAGAGAGCUCAGUGUCCGCACUGUCGGGCUCCACUCCAGCUGAGGGAGCUGGUCAACUGUCGCUGGGCGGAGGAGGUCACCCAGCAGCUGGACACCCUGCAGCUCUGCAGCCUCACCAAGCACGAGGACAACGACAAGGACAAGUGUGAGAACCACCAUGAGAAGCUGAGUGUGUUCUGUUGGACCUGUAAGAAAUGCAUCUGUCACCAGUGUGCUCUGUGGGGAGGCAUGCACGGUGGCCACACCUUCAAGCCUCUGGUGGAGAUCUACGAGCAGCACGUGACCAAAGUGAAGGAGGAGGUCGCCAAGCUCCGCCGCCGUCUCAUGGAGCUUAUCAGUCUGGUGCAGGAAGUGGAGAGGAACGUGGAGGCUGUCAGAGGGGCAAAGGACGAGAGGGUCCGAGAGAUCCGAAACGCUGUGGAGAUGAUGAUCGCUCGUCUGGAUAACCAGCUGAAGAACAAACUCAUCACCCUCAUGGGCCAGAAGACGUCCUUGACCCAGGAGACGGAGCUGCUGGAGUCUCUCCUGCAGGAAGUGGAGCAUCAGCUUCACUCGUGCAGCAAGAGUGAACUGAUCUCCAAGAGCCCAGAGAUCCUGCUCAUGUUCCAGCAGGUCCAUCGGAAACCCAUGCAGUCCUUCGUCACCACGCCGGUCCCUCCGGACUUCACCAGUGAACUGGUUCCUGCCUACGACUCCAGCACUUUUGUUCUGGUCAACUUCAGCACCCUGAGGCAGCGGGCUGACCCGGUCUACAGCCCUCCCCUGCAGAUAUCUGGGCUCUGCUGGAGACUCAAAGUCUACCCGGACGGAAACGGUGUGGUCCGUGGAAACUACCUGUCCGUCUUCCUGGAACUGUCUGCUGGACUCCCUGAAACGUCAAAGUACGAGUACCGUGUGGAGAUGGUCCAUCAGGCCUCCAGCGAUCCAACCAAGAACAUCAUCCGGGAGUUUGCCUCUGACUUUGAGGUUGGCGAAUGCUGGGGCUACAACCGCUUCUUCAGACUGGACCUGCUGGCCAGCGAGGGCUACCUGAACAUGCAGACGGACACACUGGUCCUCCGGUACCAGGUGCGCUCGCCCACCUUCUUCCAGAAGUGCAGAGAUCAGUACUGGUACAUCAGCCAGCUGGAGUCGGCCCAGAGCGGCUACAUCCAGCAGAUCAACAACCUGAAAGAGAGGUUGGCCAUCGAGCUGUUUCGCCGUCAGACGUCGCGCAGCUCUUCGCCGCCCGACCUGAGGCUCGCCGCAGGCACCACAGCCUCUGAAAGAGACCCGCGCUCGGUGAAGAGCGACGACGACAUCCAGACCACUUUGAGCAACACUAAGAAAAGCGAAGAAGAAGAGAGGACCCAGCAUGAUGACUCUAAUGAGCUGUCGGACGGCGACCUGGAGGCGGACUGUCUGACAGAAGAGGAGGUGAACCCGUUAGACGGCAGCAGCACCUCGGGGAGCUCCACAGCCACCAGCAACACCGAGGAGAACGACAUCGACGAGGAGACCAUGUCAGGAGAGAACGACGUAGACUUCAUCGGGAACCUGGAGACUGAGGAGGGAGAGCUUCCUGAUGACUUGGCUGGAGCCACAGGUGGAUCCGGCUGCGGCGUGCGCUCCUUACAUCGCGGUUCUGCUGCUGCUCGUGGUGUCAGCGGGGGCGGAGCUGCUGCUGCUGCUGCUGGUGCUGCUGGUCCCAGCAACAGCAGCCUCCUGGAGAUCGACCCGGUCAUCCUGAUCCAGCUGCUGGAUCUGAAGGAGCGCAGCAGCGUGGAGUCUCUGUGGGGUCUGCAGCCUCGGCCUCCCGUGUCUCUCCUGCACAGCCAAGCUCAUCCUCACUCCAGGAAGGAACGAGAGCGGCGGCCUCAGGUGGUGCGGCGAUCAGCUCCAGACACGGGGGUCCUGAUCCGCCUCAAGGCCCAGAUGGCUGAGGUCCGCAGCAAGAUGUCUGAUGUGAAGAGUCAAGUGAUGGAGGCGCGAGGGUCUGGAGAGCCCAGGCCUGGCCCCUCAGGGGGCUUCGGUGUGGAGGAGGUGCCCCCUCACCAUGCUGAUUCAGAGCUGUCAGCUUGUCGUAAGCCUGGCGAGCUGGACCUGCUGGGGAGAGCAGCUGCAGCUCGGUCCAGGCCCUGCCGCCCUGCCCGGAAAUCCCUGUCCCCUGUGCUGGACAGCAGCGGCUCUGUGGUCAUGAAGAGGAGGAGUCCAGAGGAGAUGGACAAAGAGCUGAGAGGAGUCGACGCAGCCACAGAGCUGAGCCUCCAUGUUAAAGAGGGGCUGGGAGGCGCAGAGGGAGUGCUGAAGGCUGACGGCGCCCAGGCCUCCCUCGCGUCUCUCGCCGGCUCCUCUUCAGACCAGGCCUCCACCUCCAAGCAGCAGUACCCGGUGGAGCCGCAGCUGUACGGGGCCUCGGGCUCCAGGGACGACAUCUUCUACAUGACCGCCAGCAAGAGCUGUGGCAGCAGGACUCUCGGGGCAGCCAUGUUGGACUGUGAAUCUGAGAGCUCGGGAAACUCCCAUCAGUCCUUGCUGGAGGGACCUUCUGUGCAGCCGCAGUCAAAUGAAGAUCAGUCGCCGUGUGUCCUGGUGGCAGCAACGAGCAGUGACAGCGACACUGAGGACGAGGCCCUGCAGAGCAGCAACUCUCGCUACGACAACCAGACUCCUCCCUGCACAGGAGAGCAGCUUCUGUCUGACGACACGAGUCUGCCUGCUGACAGGUGAUUCCCUCCGAGUCCUCCGGACCUGCAAGCCGCCGCUUUGUCCUCACUGCUCACACAGCGAAGCAAUACGAGCCAGAGACAGCGCACGUACACACACACACACACACACACACACACACACACACACGUUAGCUGCACAGAUCUGUAGAGUAGAAACUGCUUGGUAUGCAUGAAGUCAAAGUGUGGACAAGCAGCUCGUCUGUCCUGAAUAUUUUCAGAGUUGGACGAUGACGGCCAGAUGUUCAGGUGGUCGUGUUGGUGUUUAGGAAAACAGUGAAACUUCAUUCUUUUUCUUUUCACCUGUUUUAAACCUGAACUUCGAUUGCAGCUCUCAGCUCUCGUGCUCUCAGCUCAGUAAACGGGACGAAAACACGACCCCUGCAGCCGUCUGCGUGCGGUGACUGAAUUUCUAGAAAUGUUUAGGGCGUGAAAACUUUUAUUUUGCACACUUGAACUGUUUACGUUUUAGUUGGACUGCGGGGCCUUUAGUCACUUUGAUUAACUUUCGGCACAAAUCUUCUCGGUGCAUAAAUGCUUUUGUAAAACUGACAAUUCUACAGCAACUACAAGACUGGAUGAACUGUACAUAAUCUGUAGCCUGUCUAAGAGCUUAGUGUUUUAUAAUGGCUCGCUGGUGAUGUUUAAUUCAGCCUGUCUGGGUUUUUGUCUCCACCCGCGUCCCUGCACCUCCCAGCCUUGGUGCUCAGAAGACUUUAUUCACUCCUCAGACCUUCAGUUUUAGUGACACUGCAGCUCGUUGUAUAAAAUCGGUGCUUUUUUCCCAGCCUGAGGUGAACAUGUAGAGCUCAAUUAGCUUUUCUGGUUACUUAAAUGUCUUCUCCCUUAAUAACAGCGGCAGCAGCUUCCACGGAGUCUGUCUUUAUGUGACAUUUGAAAAGGCUAAACGAUCACAGGGAUUAUAAAAGCGCUGCAGCUCUGAUGUCUGUGGGCUGAAACGUCGACGCAUGCUGCACAUCUGACUCCACAAUAAUGUCCAGACAGGUGUCUUUUGGCUCGGGCGUCCCUGACUGGACUGGACUGCAACGAGGACUCCUGCGACCUUGAGGUCGAGUCUCCCCCUCACACUUGUGCUCUCUCAGGGUCGAAACUCUUCUGUUGCCCCUUUGGUCACAGUUAGUGACGUCCCAAAAAAAGCCCCACACAAUACAAAUGAAUAAACCGAACAGGCGGGUCAAGUUGAAACUGCGGUGCGUUCAAGCUUCUUUUUAAUUUUAACCGAACUUGACAGCAGAGCUUUAAAAAUCAAUGCAAUUAAGUAAGGUGUGCUUUGUGCUGCGCUCUCGGCUUGCUGCUCGCGACAAACGGUUAAUGUGUGUGAAAGGCUGCUGCAUGACGGCGCACAUCGCCGCGAGAAAGGUGACAUCACAUCGUGUUGUUGUGUUAAGGCUGGCGAGGUUGAGGUGUUCGGAUGUCAGUCAGUUUAACUCACCUUUCUGCACGUUGACGCUCACCGAGUCUUAUUUUGAAGGCCGCUUCUUAUCAAAGAAACAUUAUUGUACAGUCAUUAGUUUAUUUUGGGAAUAUCUUGGUGUGUACACCUGAGGAGGAGCUCGCUGUACGUGUGCCUCAAACGCAUGGCUUCAAUGGCUGGACUGACGGAGGAUGCGUUCAUGAGCAAACUGCAGCCAGUCGCUCACCGUUUAUUAACCUUUUCUCUGGUUUCUGCUUGUUGUGUCAAAAGCUGCUUUUAUUUUGAAUGUUUCCAAAAUGCACUCUGCAUUAUUUUAUGUGUAUAUUUCCUUAUUAUGUAACAAAUAAAAUGUUGGAGAUGAUUA